UGUCAGGAUAGAUGGCAGUAUGUUGUGUGUUGGACAGAGCCUGUCAGGAUAGAUGGCAGUAUGUUGACCCUGAGAAGUAGGUCUGACCUCUGAGAAGUAGGUCUGACCUCUGAGAAGUAGGUCUGACCUCUGAGAAGUAGGUCUGACCUCUGAGAAGUAGGUCUGACCUCUGAGAAGUAGGUCUGACCUCUGAGCCCUGAGACGUAGGACCCAUUUUUUUUGUUGUAUUACCUUUGUUUAACAAGGUCAGUUAAGAACAAAUUCUUAUUUCCAAUGACGGCCUACCGGGGAACAGACAGUGGUUCAGUGGGAUUUGUACCUUGUCAGCUCAGGGAUUUCAACUUGUAACCUUUCGGUGACUAGCUCAACGCGCUAACCACUAGGCUACCCUGCCGCACCACACAGAGAAAGGUCCACGUAUAUUUUUGCUACGAUAUACAUCAUAUUCCUAACUGCAACUCUAUUUUUCUAACAUGUAAAGCCUGUUUUCAGAUGAAACGUGAUGAAGCCUUUUGUUUUUAGUAAUAAAAUGGUAUAAUUCAGUUCAUGUUCCCUCGUUGCUAAGAUACACCCUCACUGUUCUGUCAGCCUGCCUGAUGGGUAGCCUGGAAUCCAGGCACAAAGAUGACUGGAUUUCAGGCUACGUGUCGGUCAGCCUGUUGGAAACCGUUCAAAACCACAAAUAUUGUCAGAAUGAACGUGAAACACUUAAAUGUUUUUAGUUUUGGAAAAAGUCCCUGAAAAAUUAACGCCUUGAUUCAAUUGAACCUGAAUUCAUUUUUUCCAUCUGAAAAUGGAACUAGCAGAUCUAUCCAGAUGUCUCCUUUACUUUCUUUUGGCACAAUGCAUUUUUAGUUAUGACCCUCACUGACGUUCAGUUGUCGUGGCCCCCCAGUCUGUUCUGGUUAUGACCCUCACUGACGUUCUGUUCAGUUGUCGUGGCCCCCCAGUCUGUUCUGGUUAUGACCCUCACUGACGUUCUGUUCAGUUGUCGUGGCCCCCCAGUCUGUUCUGGUUAUGACCCUCACUGACGUACUGUUCAGUUGUCGUGGCCCCCCAGUCUGUUCUGGUUAUGACCCUCACUGACGUACUGUUCAGUUGUCGUGGCCCCCCAGUCUGUUCUGGUUAUGACCCUCACUAAUGUACUGUUCAGUUGUCGUGGCCCCCCAGUCUGUUCUGGUUAUGACCCUCACUAACGUUCUGUUCAGUUGUCGUGGCCCCCCAGUCUGUUCUGGUUAUGACCCUCACUGACGUUCUGUUCAGUUGUCGUGGCCCCCCAGUCUGUUCUGGUUAUGACCCUCACUGACGUUCUGUUCAGUUGUCGUGGCCCCCCAGUCUGUUCUGGUUAUGACCCUCACUGACGUACUGUUCAGUUGUCGUGGCCCCCAGUCUGUUCUGGUUAUGACCCUCACUGACGUUCUGUUCAGUUGUCGUGGCCCCCCAGUCUGUUCUGGUUAUGACCCUCACUGACGUACUGUUCAGUUGUCGUGGCCCCCCAGUCUGUUCUGGUUAUGACCCUCACUGACGUACUGUUCAGUUGUCGUGGCCCCCCAGUCUGUUCUGGUUAUGACCCUCACUGACGUACUGUUCAGUUGUCGUGGCCCCCCAGUCUGUUCUGGUUAUGACCCUCACUGACGUUCUGUUCAGUUGUCGUGGCCCCCCAGUCUGUUCUGGGGCUCAUCAGUCAGUCAUUUUGAUCUUUCUGUUUGGUCCACUGUGUGCUUGGUUCACUCAGCAGCCUGUAGACGCAUGUGGGGAGGGAAUGAAAGUCCAACUGCAAAGCAGCAGAACAAUGGAUGUGAAAAAGCACUUUGUCAUGACAGACCUCAACUCAAACCAUUUUCUCCAAGCUGUUGCAAAAACAAUUUUGUAUUGUACAAUUAUUUUUUUGGGGGAAAAAAAAUGAAAUAAAUUGAAUCCACAGAAAGAAAGAUUGUCUUGUUCUGUCUUCCUUUGACUCUGAAACUCACUUCCUGCAACUCACAUGUCGGCCUUCAGAACUCUCUCUCAAACGCUCAUCUUUGUCUCCCGCUGUCAGUCGAUUCCUGUCUGCUAGCUGGCCCGGCUUCACGUGUCUCUGGACAGUAAGAACUACAUCUGGUAAUUACCACUGCUUCCCAUGCAUGACAUUCAUGGAGCAGCAGGUAGCUACUGAUGUCCUGUCACCCACCCUUCUAACCAGCCUCUUCCUCGUGUGUUUCCUGUUCAAUCAGCUGCACCACAGCCUCGUUGUGCUCCAUCGUUGAUCAAUCACUUACCUUCCUACUGGAUCAUCGUUGUUGCUGACUCAUAUUGUCUCCUGCUCCUUAUCAGACGUGGAGGUUUGAGCGGUUUACCUGAUUGACGAGUAACACCAGCCCAGUCCUCCGCCUGGAAACUGUGGGAAGCAGAACGUGAUGUGCCACUGGUCUUGCUGAGCAAACCUAUCCAUAUCUAUUCUUCUUAAUGAGUGUGAACUAACCUUUCUUACCGAGUUGAGUUUAUUUAUCCAGGUACAACAGAAACGCAUGGUGGUUAAGAUGUGCUGUACCAGAUGUAGCUAACUGCUCUUUUUCAACUGCCGGCACACGGCUUUAUCAUUUAAUGUGCACUGCAGUAUUGUAGUGUGUAGCCUCGUAGGGAAUUGAUUUGGGUUUUAGUGUAUUAGAUAACAACGUUGGGCUCCAACUCUGGUCCUGGAGAAUUACCGACGAUGCAUCCUGUCAUCCAUUAGAAUAGUGAUGACAGAAAUACAGAGUAAUCAUGGUUAUUCAGGGCCCCGUCUCCUCAUCCUUCCUCAACCCUCUACUCAUCCUUCCUCAACCCUCUCCUCAUCCUUCCUCAACCCUCUCCUCACCCUUCCUCAACCCUCUCCUCACCCUUCCUCACCCCUCUCUACCCCUCUCCUCACCCUUCCUCACCCCUCUCUACCCCUCCUCACCUCUCUCUACCCCUCUCCUCACCCUUCCUCACCCCUCUCCUCACCCUUCCUCACCCCUCUCCUCACCCUUCCUUACCCCUCACCCUUCCUCACCCCUCACCCUUCCUCACUGCUCUUCUCACCCUUCCUCACCCCUCUCUACCCCUCUCCUCACCCUUCCUCACUCCUCACCCCUCUCCUCACCCUUCCUCACCCCUCUCACCCUUCCUCACCCUCUCCUCACCCCUCACCCUCUCCUCACCCUUCCUUACCCCUCACCCUUCCUUACCCCUCACCCUUCCUCACCACUCACCCUUCCUCACUGCUCUUCUCACCCUUCCUCACCCCUCACCCUUCCUCACCCCUCUCCUCACCCCUCACCCUUCCUCACCCCUCUCCACUCCUCUCCACCCCUCUCCUCACCCCUGUACUUGGCAUGAGGAUUCACACCCUUCUGCUGUUGCUCUCUCUCUGCCUCCAUCACCUCAUGUUUCAGCAUGAUAAUGCACAGCCCCAUGUCAUAAGGAUCUGUACACAAUUCCUGGAAACUGAAAAUGUCCCAGUUCUUCCAUGGCCUGUAUACUCAGACAUGUCACCAAUUGAGCAUGUUUGGGAUGCUCUGGAUCGACAUGUACGACAGCGUGUUCCAGUUCCCGCCAAUAUUCACCAACUUCCCACAGCCAUUGAAGAGGAGUGGGACAACAUUCCACAAUCAACAGCCUGAUCAACUCCAUGUGAAGGAGAUGUCGCGCUGUAUUAGGAAAAUGGUCACACCAGAUACUGACUGGUUCUGAUCCAAACCCUACCUCUUUAUUAAGGUAUCUGUGACUAACAGAUGCAGAUCUGUAUUCCCAGUCAUGUGAAAUACAUAAUGCAUUAAUUUAAAUUGACUGAUUUCCUUAUAUGAACUGUAACUCAGUAAAG